CCGACCACGGCGGCGCGGGCGAACGCGCGGCCCGCACUUCCGGCGGCGCGCGCGGCGACCAGGAGCGAGGUGGCUGCCGUCCGCGGCAAAAAAAUUCUGAACUUUGUAGCUCUAGAGAAUGAAACAUUAGUUCAGAAGAAGACAGUACACUCACUUACAAGUACUUUGUCUGUUCACCAUGAAGUUAGGAAAACCUAAAGGGGGUAUUUCUCGGAGCUCAAGCCAAGGAAAAGCCUAUGAGAACAAGCGCAAAACAGGCCGGCAGCGGCAGAAAUGGGGAAUGACUGUUCGUUUUGACUCAAGCUUGAGUAGACUGAGAAGAAGCUUGGAUGACAAACCCUAUAAAUGUACUGAAUGUGAAAAGAGCUUCAGUCAGAGCUCAACUCUUUUUCAACACCAGAAAAUCCAUACUGGAAAGAAAUCCUACAAAUGUGCUGAUUGUGGGAAAAGUUUCUUUCAGAGUUCUAAUCUCAUUCAGCAUCGACGGAUCCAUACUGGGGAAAAGCCCUAUAAAUGUGAUGAAUGUGGAGAAAGAUUUAAACAGAGCUCCAAUCUCAUUCAGCACCAGAGAAUUCAUACUGGAGAAAAACCCUAUCAGUGUGAUGAAUGUGGCCGAUGUUUCAGCCAGAGUUCCCACCUUAUUCAACAUCAGAGAACCCACACAGGGGAGAAACCAUACCAGUGCAGUGAAUGUGGCAAAUGCUUCAGCCAGAGCUCUCAUCUGAGGCAGCACAUGAAGGUGCACAAAGAGGAGAAGCCUCGUAAAACCCGGGGUAAAAAUAUCAGGGCGAAAACUCACUUAUCUUCUUGGAAAGCUGGUACAGGAAGGAAAUCAGUGUCUCGUCUGCGUUAAGUAAGGGGCACUGCUUUAGCCCUCCUUAAAAAAAAA